UUUUUUAAGUUUUUAUUCCUCAAAAUCUCAAUUUUAUAUUUACUUUUAGCUUUGUUAGUAGCGAAUUUUAACAGAUUUCUGGCAUCAUUUGUUCCAUACAUUACUACAUUGCUAUUAACGAAAGCUGCCCUUUGAAGCAUUUCUCCAUAUUUUAUUAAAUUUUUUGUAAAUAAUUUUAAUAAUUUUUAAAAAUAUUUUAACUCAUCGAUUCUUCCUCUUAAUUAUAUUUUUGCUCACUUUGCCAUCGAAAAUAUUUUUGUAAAAUUUAUUUUAUUCUCGUCAAAAUUAAAAAAUGUUCUUGUCAAAUUAAAUGUUUUUUCCUCUUUUUAUUAAAAAUCAUUUGAAUUUUGUAAAGCAUUAAAGAUAAAAUUUAUUAACAAAGAAGUUUUUUAAAUAUUCUCUAGUAUCUUUACUAGUCUAAAUAUCUUUUCAACUUGCUCUGGUUGUGCUUAAAUUUAAUUUUAGUCAUUUCCAGAACGUUUUCCAUGACACCUUCAGAAUAUUCAACGCGGGCAAGUGUGAUAAUGCUAACAUUAGCUUGUACUUUUAUCAUUGUAAUUACUUUGAUAUUUCGAUACUUUUGCUGGUCAUUUGAACGAAGUUGCGAACAAGGAAUUCGAUCGUUCGAAAUGAGUAUGCGUCAGCAAUGUCAAUUAUGCCAGAUGAGGCUUCAGCAACAACCAGUUUAUUAAUAUUCUUGAUUUUAAACCUAAAUCUUGAGAAGGAACAGGCAACUUAUCCUGUCGACUCAUAUCGAUUCGCCUCGUUCAAAUACCCCUAUAUAUAUAUGUUCCAACAACGCGAAGUUUAUUCUCCGUAUUGGAACAACUUUACUAUUUUUGGAAUAAUUUCUCCGAUUGGAACAACAUUUCCCGUCAGGAACAAGUUUUCUCGCCUUCGAUAUAUGGGGGUAGACGAUAUAUGGGAGCGAUGUAGAGAGUAUCGAUAUAAUUGGGUGAUUCCCUUUAGUGAUAAGUUGAUAGAUCAAUUUGAAAUUCCAUUUUUCAUACUUAAUGCAAAAUAGUAAGGGAACCCAAUAUGAAUCCUUUAAAAAAAUCAUCUCUUUACUGCUAAAAGCAUUUUUACAUAAUUUUUCUUUAAGGUAAAUUUCCAUCAACCAGUUUCUUAUGCCCUUCCAACAAAUCCAACACUUCCACAAUUACAAUUCCAGCAACAACCUGAGGUCCCAAUCUCUUCAAACAACCCUUUGAAUGUUUUGUAGUAAACAACCUUUCACAAAACUUGCAACAAUCGCUCCAACAAUGAC